CUUCCAUGCGGAACGCAUUCGUGCCGAUCCGAGUCUCCUGAGUCCAUCCUCCUGACCCCCUCGGCCUCGACAGCUGCGGAGAGACAGACGCACACGCCGCGGUCAUCGAUGCUGCUCAUGGACUCGGCGCGCCGCGCCGGCUGCUCCCCGUCCCCGGUCUGCUUGGACCUCAGCGUCGGCCUUUCGCCGUCGUCGCCGGGGAGCAGCGGCCCGGAAACGACAGCUGACACUGACGACAGGCUUGACCGUCCCGCCGCUGGCUGCAGGGUGGCAUCGUCCCUGUCUGACGAGCAGGCCAAGACCCUGGAGGCCAAGCUCACCCAGGUCAGCGAGGAGAACCGCCGGCUCACCGAGAUGAUCGCCUACCUGUACGCCAGCCAGGUCGCGCGGCAGAGCUCCAGCUCCCCCGACACCACCAGCAGGAAGAGGAGCAGGGACAGCCUGGAGCCGCCGUCGAAUUCCAGCGACGGCAACGCCAACGCCAAGGCGGAGCCCGGCGACCAUGCCGCCGUCGAGAGCGCCCUCAGCGACGAGGGCACGUGCAGGCGGAUCAAGGUCACCAGGGUCUGCACCCGGAUCGACCCCGCCGACGCCACGCUCACCGUCAAAGACGGCUACCAAUGGCGAAAGUACGGCCAGAAGGUGACCCGCGACAACCCGUCCCCGAGAGCCUACUUCCGCUGCGCAUACGCUCCCUCCUGCCCCGUCAAGAAGAAGGUGCAGAGGAGCGCGGAGGACAGCUCCUUGCUGGUGGCGACGUACGAGGGCGAGCACAACCACCCGAGCCCGACGCGCGCCGGCGAGCUCCCCAGCUCCGCCUCCGCGACGGCCAGCGGCCCCGUGCCGUGCUCCAUCUCCAUCAACUCCUCCGGCCCGACCAUCACGCUGGACCUCACCAAGAACGGAGGGGGAGGCGGCGUGCGGGUGCUCGACGCCGCCGAGGCGCCCGACCUCAAGAAGCUGUGCCAGGAGAUCGCGUCGCCGGAUUUCCGGACGGCGCUCGUGGAGCAGAUGGCGCGCUCGCUGACCAGCGAUUCCAAGUUCACCCACGCGCUGGCUGCCGCGAUCCUGCAGCAGCUGCCGGAGUACUAGUGCCUAGCGUCCCCCCUUGUUUUUAGUACUCUAGAGUGUUCGUCUUCAAAGAGCGGUUCUUUCAUCAUCAGGAAAGGAAAACCUUGGUAGGAACAGUUUUACGUUUACUGAGAUUAGAGCCAAAUCUCCCUCAAAUUUAUAGUCGUAAUUUGAAGUUUCUUUGUUCUGGUUAGGAUCUGAACUGUACUAGCACUGUACAUCUGGCAUGUCCAUAGACCAUAGUUCCAUCACGAAUAUAAAUAAGGACCACUGUCAAAUAUCACUACUGCUUUCUUUUA